AUGAAUCAAGACGGUAGCAACGUCAAUUACUCUUAUGCUGGAGAUGUAGCCAAACUGUCUGAGGGAUACCGUCAAAAGAGUGAGAUUGCUCAGAGUGUGACCCUGGAAACCAUUGAAGCCUUAGCAUUUAACAACCUUCUCAACCUUUCUGAAAUCUUCAUCAAGAACACAAAGAGCCUGGUGCACAUUGACAGAAGGGCUUUUAACAACCUACCAAAACUGCACUACUUGAGCAUCUCGAAUACUGGCAUAACAGUUUUCCCAGACCUUACAUCAAUCAAUUCACUUGAGUCAGAUUUCAUCUUGUGA